GAGGUGGUGGAUCAGAUCGGCAAGGGGUCCUUUGGGGUCAUCCGCAAGGUCAAGAGGCGGAUGGAUGGAAGGAUCUUUGCUCGCAAGGAAAUGGACUUUAGCAGAAUGUCGGACAGAGAUAGGAAACAGAUCGUUGCCGAGGUCAACAUUCUGAGAAACCUCAAGCACGAAAGCAUCGUCGCUUACGAAGAGCGAUUUGUAGACUCUCAAGCGCAGACAUUGUACAUCAUCAUGGAGUAUUGCGGUGGAGGAGAUCUGGGAGAAGUGAUCAAGAAAUGUAGGAAGAACAACACGUAUCUACCAGAAGACACAGUCUGGUCUUACUUCUCACAGAUGACUCAAGCGCUCGAAGCUCUUCACUACAAGGAUUGCAGCGCCAACGAUGUCGUUCCGCGCGCCGCUAUCCUUCAUCGAGAUCUCAAGCCCGAGAACAUCUUUCUGGACGCAGACGACAAUGUCAAACUAGGAGACUUUGGACUUUCGAAGCAAAUUACCGGGCAAAUUUUCGCUUCGACCUACGUCGGCACUCCGUACUACAUGAGCCCCGAAAUUGCAACGAAUCAACGGUACGACUUUAAAUGCGAUGUCUGGGCUCUGGGUUGCAUCGCAUAUGAGCUAUGCGCCCUCCAACCACCUUUCGACGCUCAAAAUCAAGCCGAGCUCACACGAAAGAUCAAGCAAGGACAGGUGCCGAAGCUGCCAAGAGGGUACUCCAAUGACCUCGGAGACCUUAUCCGCGCCAUGCUGAAUCUGAGCGUG